AUUAGAGGUGGUUCUUAUGCAUGCUGAACUGUGUUUUCUCUGUGCAGGAGGCCUCGUAGUGUUCUUACCUUCACCAGUAGGAUCCAGACAGAUCAGCAGUGACUCCAGAUUAACCAACUGUCUGACUCACCCUCUGACGAUAUAGGCCUGUCUGCAUCUGUCCAUCCACAAUGGUUGUUCCUGAAUCUCAGGACAACAUGUACUACCCUCCUGAUGACCUGAAGAGGGAUGCCCACGUGCCUGAUUUUAACUCCUAUCUGGCCCUUUACAGGAAAUCUCUUGAGAAUCCAGAAGCUUUCUGGAAAGAGAUUUCUGAUGAGUUCUUUUGGAAGAAGCCAGCAACAGGACCAAUGGUGCAGUACAACUUUGAUGUGACAAAAGGAAACAUAUAUAUCAAAUACAUGGAAGGGGCCAAAACGAACAUGUGUUAUAAUGUCCUGGACAGACUGGUGAGGGAAAAGAACCUGGGUGAAAAGAUUGCCUAUUACUGGGAGGGGAACUCACCUGACCACCACAUGACCAUCACCUACCGCCAGCUUCUGAGCCAGGUUUGCCGCUGUGCUAAUGUCCUCAAGAAAAUGGGUGUAAAAAAGGGAGACAGGGUGUCCAUUUACCUUCCCAUGAUACCUGAGCUGGUAGUCUCCAUGUUGGCCUGUGCAAGGAUAGGCGCUGUUCACUCUAUUGUGUUCGCAGGUUUCUCUUCUGAGUCUCUGUGUGAGAGGAUCAUGGACGCACAGAGCUGCAUCCUGGUGACAGCAGAUGGUGUUUAUAGAGGAGAGAAGAUGAUCAACCUGAAACAGAUCGCAGACGAGGCUCUGGAGAAGUGCAGAGAAAAAGCGUCAUCCAGUGUCACUAAAUGCCUCGUCGUCCAACACCAGGCACUGAGGACGAGAAGCGGAGCUGCAUGCAACAAACUACAGACCCCCUGGGACGCAGAGUGUGAUGUGUGGUGGGACGAGGCGAUGAGAGACUCUCCUGAAGAGUGUGAACCCGAGUGGCUGGAUGCGGAGGACCCCCUGUUUAUCCUCUACACCAGUGGCUCCACGGGCAAACCGAAGGGUGUUCUCCACACAGUUGCUGGGUAUCUGCUCUACACGUCGCUGACCUUCAAGUACGUUUUCGAUUAUCACCAUGACGACGUGUACUGGUGCACCGCAGACAUCGGCUGGAUCACCGGCCACUCUUACAUCACCUACGGCCCUCUUGCAAACGGCGCUACAAGCGUCUUGUUUGAAGGUAUUCCAGUCCACCCUCACGUCGGUCGUUUCUGGGAGAUAAUUGAGAAGUAUAAAGUGACCAAGUUCUACACAGCUCCUACAGCAAUCCGCCUACUGAUGAAGUACGGACAGGAGCCACUUCAGAAGUAUGACCUCUCCAGCCUGAAGAUUCUGGGUACAGUUGGUGAGCCAAUCAACCCGGAGGCCUGGCAGUGGUACCAUGAGGUUGUCGGUCAGCGGCGGUGUCCCGUCGUUGACACUUUCUGGCAGACAGAGACCGGGGGUCAUGUUUUGACUCCUCUGCCUGCUGCCACAGCGCUGAAACCCGGCUCUGCUACCUUUCCUUUCUUCGGGGUGGAGCCCACGAUCCUCAACGAACACGGAGAGGAGCUGGAAGGCGAGGCCGAGGGUUAUCUUGUAUUUAGAAGGCCCUGGCCUGGAAUAAUGCGCACAGUGUACAGAAACCACGAACGAUUCGAGAACACCUACUUCAAGAAAUUCCCAGGUUUCUAUGUAACUGGUGAUGGCUGCAGGAGAGACAAGGACGGAUAUUACUGGAUCACAGGAAGAAUAGACGACAUGCUGAAUGUGUCAGGUCACCUGAUGAGCACAGCAGAGGUGGAGGCGGCUCUGACGGAGCACCCGGCCGUGGCGGAGGCUGCGGUGGUGAGCCGGCCCCACAAGGUGAAGGGCGAGUGUCUGUAUUGCUUCGUCACCCUCAAAGACAGCAAGGAGUUUACCCACACGAUGGUGGAGGAGCUCAAGAGACUGGUGAGAGAGAAAAUCGGUCCCAUCGCCACCCCGGACUUCAUUCAAAAUGCUCCAGCGCUGCCGAAAACUCGCUCAGGGAAGAUCAUGAGGCGAAUCCUCCGGCAGAUCGCUCGUAACGAGAAGGACCUGGGCGAUCUUUCAACACUAGCUGACCCCAAGGUGGUGGAGGUGUUAUUUAGCCAGAGAUGUGAAGCUGCAGCAUGAAGAGAUAACCCCCCACCCCUCUCCCCCCCUCCCCCAUAUCUCUCUUCAUGCUAUGAAUUGUUGGUACUGAUGAAGACAAUCACAAACUGUUGGUUCUGGAUCAGUGUCUGUAAGACUAUAUAAAGGGACAGGGAAAAGAACAUGAUUUAGAUAUUGAGAUGACUUACAUAUUUCGUUUUUAAUUAGACAUAUAAAAUGUCAAUGACCUUUUUAUGUAUAUAUUCUGUUUUGGGGCUGUUAUUACUUUGCAUUUGGGAUAAAAUGUUUUUAAAAGCUACACACAGAUUCACUAUCUUUUAUAUUUUCUUACAAGUCUUUUAAGUCCCCGUCUCGUUUCUUGGUAGAAGGAAGUGAAUGUAGAAGUAGAUAAGUUGGCUUUGCGAGGCUUGUUCUGACAACAAUCGAUGUAUAUUUUUAAUCUGUAAUAUAUUUGAAUGUCCUUGGAAUAAAUUGUAAAAACAAUCUACCAGGUUGAGUUAAACAACAGCAUGGACCCAUACACUUUACAAUGAAGGAAUAAACGAAGUGAAGAACAUGCAGCAAGCAAAAAUAACAAUAAAUCUAAAGGGAUGUAUGAUUUUCUGAUUUAUGAAUAAUAAAGAUAAAAAAAAAACAA